AAAUACUGUAAAACAUGUUCCUAUUGUUUUCAAAGUAAAAAAUAGUGUUUUUUAUAGAAAAUAACAACGAAUGUAACUGGUGGUGUACAAAUUGGUAUCGUUCUUUGGAAAAUGAUUUCACCUGUCAAGAAACAGAAGCUGUCAAACAAUACUAAACAUUCUACAAAUUGUUUAAACCAAGGUGAAAUUAAAGACAAAGCAACAGGAGUACACGCAAUAGAGAAAUACAGAAUUCAUUUACAGAGAGCCAAAGUACUGGCAGCAGAAGUUAAGCUGGCUUGUAAAGAAAGACGGCUGAAUUGUUUAUAAAGUUAAUUUAAUAACAUCAUCUGUAUAAUGGACUUUACAGAGGACCAAAUAAGAGAGGCCAAGGAUUUUGGUGAAUUUUACAUAGAUUUAGUAGAAAAUUAUAAAACUACGGUAAAAUAUUACUUGUCUGACGACAUCGUGCUGGACUGGUUUGGACAGACAGUAAAAGGCGAAAAAAAGGUUAAUUUGUUUAUUAAAUCUAACGUGGCGACAGUAAAACACUUUUUUUCUGACGCCAAACCCGUCGAAAAUAUCGGCUUUAGAGAUACACAUGUAGUUAAGCUACCCAGGGAACCUAAAAAGCCAAUACCUUCACUUCUUAGCCCUCCGAGAAAUGAAUACCACCUUAGAACUCCCACAAAACAAACCCUCCCUUCUACUAGCUCGACUCCAAAUAAAAGUUCCACAAGGAUACGUUCGGACAGCGUUCACUCGCCUGCGAAACGAUUUAAGCCGACCAAACUCGAGUUCGAUUCAGAGUCCGAGUCGAUAGAACCCGAAUGCGAGUCGUUGACAGUAAAAUUUAUGUUGUGCGAAGGUUCUGUUGAGUUCCACAGGCCGAGCAUCAAAAAGCUGCAAACGGAAACCAAGUGGAAGAGGCCCUGUAAACUGAGUAUAGGGUAUACGUUAAGAAACAAGCAGGAUUACACUAUACAUUUAAUUAUUUAUGAGGGUAAUGUUAAAUGUAGAAGGAACUUGCUUAAGGAUUUUUCGGCCGAAGCAGAAAACUGACGUACUACGUAAAAAAUGAAUCUCUUUGUUUAAGUAUUUGUCUUAGGUUAGUGCAAUUAUGUAGCAGACUCAAUUUAUUUGUUUGUAUCUUUUAAUUUGCUAGCUUUAUAUUCUUUGUUAUGUGAUGUUUAGUUUUAGUAUGCAUUUAAUAGUGUGUACCUUUAAGAAAUGUUUUUUUUAUUUUUUUUCUCGAUUUUAUGACGUUAAAAAAUUAACUAUUGUACAAAAUAAAUGUAAAAUUAAUUUUAAGUGAUUGAUAAAAGCAUGUGAUCAUGUGUGCCACAAUGACUAAUGGGUCCAAUGUUUUUAUAUUUUGUAUUAAGA